AUGGCGAAACACAAUGUUUACAAGUACGACCCAUCAAAGGCUGCUGCUAUGGCUUUUGCGAUCAUCUUUUCCAUCACAAGCCUCAUUCAUCUGGUUCAACUUGCUCGAAAGCGGACAUGGUAUUUUAUUCCCUUUCUCAUCGGAGGGAUUUUUGAAACCGUUGGAUACGGCACAAGAUAUUACAAUGCAACUCAAACGCCGGACUGGGCGCUAAGUCCGUAUAUAAUACAAUUUCUGUUACUUCUACUGGCCCCAUCACUCUUCGCGGCUUCGAUUUAUAUGAUUCUCGGACGCAUCGUCCGACUUCUCGAUGGAGCAUCUCGUUCUUUGGUUCGCCCGUCGUGGAUGACGAAGAUUUUCGUGACCGGAGACGUCUUAUCGUUUUUUCUUCAGUGCGGAGGAGGUGGUAUUCUGGCCCAAGCAAAAACGCCAAAGACCACCAAUCUAGGAAACGACAUCAUCAUCGUCGGUCUUUUGGUCCAGCUUGUCUUUUUCGGCUUCUUUAUCGUCGUCUCGAUUGUCUUUCAUCGCCGCAUGCUUGCCUCUCCUACUAAUAUAUCGCAGACAGUUACUGUACCCUGGUCCCGGUAUAUGAUGAUCAUGUACACAGUCAGUGGGCUGAUCAUGGUUCGUUCGAUCUAUCGGGUUAUCGAAUAUGUGCAGGGCCCGGACGGUGGUCUACAGGCGCAUGAAGCGUAUCUGUACGUUUUUGACUCCUCAUUGAUGCUUCUUUGCUGUUUGAUCUUCAAUGUCUCUCAUCCUAGUCAAAUCAUUGUCGGCGGAGGGAAGAACUAUAGGAAGAUGAGCUCAGAUCUAGAGAUGCUGAGCGCACCGGACCGCAAUUAA